UUCAUGCGCAAACUGCGUGGUGGAUCCUGCGCUGCCGUUUGGUUUCACUGACACACUCACCAUUACGUUGGACAAUGCUGCGGGUCAGGUGUCUGAGAGGAGGUAGCAGGGGGGCCGAGGCUGCCCAUCUGAUCGGAGCCAUGCUUGGCCGGGCGGUGACUGGAUGGGCUCAGAGGGCCUUCCAGAGCACCUCGAGUGCUGCAGCUGCGCAGCCGCAGCGCGCCGUUGAAGAGGAACAUGUUACUGAGCCCAUCCCGCAGGAGUGUCCUGUGUGCAGCUACAAUGAAUGGGACCCCCUUGAGGAGGUGAUCGUGGGUCGUGCUGAAAACGCCCAAGUGCCUCCCUUCACUGUGGAAGUGAAAGCUAACACUUAUGAGAAGCACUGGCCCUUUUACCAGAAGCAUGGGGGCCAGUCUUUCCCUGCGGACCACUUGAAAAAAGCCGUAGCCGAGAUUGAAGAAAUGUGCAAUAUACUGCGCCACGAAGGCGUCACCGUGAGGAGGCCGGAGCCCAUCGACUGGUCCCUGGAGUACAAAACUCCAGACUUCACAUCAUCUGGCAUGUAUGCUGCUAUGCCCAGAGACAUCCUUAUGGUCGUGGGGAAUGAGAUUAUUGAGGCUCCUAUGGCCUGGAGGGCUCGCUUCUUUGAGUACCGAGCCUACAGACCUUUGAUCAAGGAGUACUUCAGAAAAGGUGCUAAAUGGACCACUGCUCCUAAACCCACCAUGGCUAAUGAGCUGUACGACCAGGGCUACCCCAUGCACACAGUGGAGGACAGACACAAGCUGGCCGCCCAGGGGAAGUUCGUGACCACAGAGCACGAGCCCUGCUUUGAUGCUGCCGAUUUCAUCCGAGCUGGGAGGGAUCUGUUUGUCCAGAGGAGUCAGGUUACAAAUUACAUGGGAAUUGAGUGGAUGCGUCGCCAUCUGGCUCCGGACUACAAGGUCCACAUAAUCUCAUUCAAGGACCCUAACCCCAUGCACAUCGAUGCCACUUUUAACAUCAUCGGGCCAGGACUGGUGCUGUCAAACCCUGACCGUCCAUGUCACCAGGUUGACAUGUUCAAGAAGGCUGGCUGGACUAUUGUGAAACCCCCGACACCUUUGAUUCCUGAUGACCACCCACUGUGGAUGUCCUCCAAAUGGCUGUCCAUGAAUGUCCUGAUGCUGGAUGAGAAGCGCGUUAUGGUUGACGCCAACGAAAGCACCAUUCAGAAAAUGUUUGAGAGUCUCGGUAUCCAGACCAUAAAGGUGAGCAUUCGUCAUGCCAAUUCCCUGGGUGGCGGCUUCCACUGCUGGACAACCGAUGUUCGCCGCCGUGGUACCCUGCAGUCCUACUUCCACUAGCCUUGCCAGAAAUAGGCAGUUUCUAUUGAGCUUUUAAGAAUCUUAAUACCACUUUGAUUAGCAAAUCUUUAUUGUCAGUGAAUAUUGUGUGUGUGCAUACAGAUUAAUGAACGGUGGAGCUUUAGGAUCUACUUUUGGCAGAUUUCUACGUUAAAAAGUAGACUGGUUUGAUUUGUGUGUUUGGGGGUCACAUACUCAGUCUAAUCUGUUAACAGUUUAAUCUCCCAACCUGCAUGAAA